AUGGUUAGCCAAAGUAAUAAAACAUUAAGUAACCAAAGUCGUUUACCAAAACUUCCUGUUCCAACUCUCGAAGAUACUACGACAAAAUAUUUACGCUCACUUCGUCCUCUUUUAUCCGCCAAAGACAUUGCAAGAAAUGAAGCUCAUAUUCAAGAUUUUCUUAAACCUAAUGGUUUAGGUCGUGUUCUUCAACAGCGUUUAAUCGACAUCAAUCGUAUAUCGCCCAAUAAUUGGCUCGAUGACACUUGGUGGAUAAAAAAAGCAUAUCAAGAGUGGAGAGUUUCUGUUGUUGUGAAUUCUAACUGGUUUUUCUUGUUCGUUAAUGAUCCUAAUACACCAAGUGAAUAUUUUUCUGUGGACAACGGUGUUAAACCGCGAGGCCAUUUUUCAGAAUUUCAGAUUAAAAGAGCAGCACAUUUGAUCAAUAAACUAUUAGAAUAUAAAGAUUUAAUUGAUAGUGAACAAAUUCCGCCAGAUGUUACACGAACGCAUCCUUUAUGUAUGCACCAAUAUACACGCCUUUUUGGAUAUACACGAAUUCCACAACAUGGUUGCGAUAAACUUGUAUAUACACCACAUCCAACCCCGGUAAAACAUAUAUUGGUAACCGCGAAAAAUCAAUUUUAUAUUUUGGAGGGAUAUGAUCAAAAUGGUUUACGAUUGACCGCUGGUGAUAUUGAAAAGCAGCUUAAUGACAUUAUUGCCGAUGUUGAAAAAGCACAGCUUGAUCCUCCAAUUGGUAUUCUCACUGCAGAUGACCGUGAUUCUUGGACUAUGUCACGAGAACGUCUACUGGCAAUUUCUCCGCAAAACCGAGAAACACUUUCUCUUAUUGAGAAUGCAUUAUUUGCAGUCAAUUUGGAUGACUAUGCAACGGGAACGGAUCUUGAUAAAUUCCUUGGUUAUAUAUUUCAUGGGGUUAAUGGUCAUAACCGUUGGUUCGAUAAGUCAAUGUCAGUUAUUGUAGAUAGUAAUGGACGUGCGGGAAUGAAUGGAGAGCAUUCACCAUGUGACGCUCUUAUACCUUCAUUUAUUUCUGAAUGGACUCUCAAAGAACCUACUGCUCUAAACGCGCAUUUGUCUGGCCGUCCUAUACCUCCUCCUUUCCGAAUACGUUUUAAUACUAAUGAACAAACAUUGAAGGAUAUUUUUGUUGCAGAGAACAAAACUAAGGCAUUAAUCGCUGAUUCUGAUGCAACUAUUUUGCAAUUUUCGGAAUAUGGAACACAGUUCAUAAAGAAGUUUGGGAAAUGUUCACCUGAUGCAUAUCUUCAAAUGGCCAUUCAGUUGGCGUAUUAUCAACUUCACGGAAGAGUUGUUCCAACUUAUGAGACAGGUUCAACAAGACAAUUUUUGCGAGGACGUACUGAAACAAUUCGAACUUUGAGCGUAGAAAGUAAGGCAUUUGUAGAAGGAAUGCUGGAUAAAUCGUUAAGUGCUCAGCAAAAGUAUGAUCGACUACAAGCGGCAACUAAGGCUCACACUAGUUACUCAAUAGAUGCUUCUAAUGGUAAAGGUUGUGAUCGUCAUUUGUUAGGCCUUCGACUUUUGUUACAAAAGGGAGAGACACAUCCAAUUUUUGAAGAACCAAUCUUUGCAAAAAGUCAGGAAUGGCUAUUGAGUACAAGUAGCUUAGGUCCUGGGGAUUAUUUUGAUGGAACUGGAUUUGGAUGUGUUUACCCUAACGGGUAUGGAAUUAAUUAUCUUCCAGGCCAGCAUUUGCUUAAAUUUAGUAUAGAAUCAAAAUUUUCAUCAUCAGAGACUGAUUCUAAAGCGUUAAAGGAAAGCUUUAUUAAAGCAUUAAGAGAUAUGAGAAACAUUUGUGAACAAGUGAACGGUCUUGUUUUAGCUUGUCGAGCUAUUGAAGGUUUAUUUUUGAUCAACCAAGAGAAUUCUGCAGAUGUGAAUUUUGUAAUUGCCGCU